AUGGGGAAGCAGGAAGGUACCUUGUGGGACGAUUCAGCUCUGAUCAAUGCUUUUGACGAUGCCAUGUCCAGCUACAAGAAAAUUCAUGGCAAGAAAACGAAUGAGGCGUCAACCAAGGAAGAAAAAGUUGCCAUCAACACAGCAGAACAAGUCAUUACCGAGGUUGAAGAAAGUGAGGAUGCUAAAAGACAAGGGGAUGCAGAUAACCAUAGUAAUGACACAGUGAAGACUACUGCAGAAGCUGGAGAGACCAGUAAUAUCUCAGAAGUGAAAGAAAACCAUCAUGUAGAUUUUCAUGUACCUGAGCCCUACUCACAAGUUGCUCAGGAUGUGCAAAAUGACUAUUCAUAUUCACAAGGUGCAGCGGAUUAUAACCAGUUACUCAACCAGUAUUAUGAGGUUGAGGAGAAAAGACAGAAGCUACUAGAGCAGCUUCAUCAGUUUGGUGGUUGGAAUUAUCAAUAUUCUGGUGAAGUUUCUGGUUCCAUUGUACAGGGGGAUACUGCUUAUAGUUCUCAGCAGCAUGCAGUCCCUACAUGCCAACCUUCUAAUCCAGCUGUUGUCUGCUCAUGUUGCCCGUAUCUACGUCAAUGCUUGAUGUCUCCAUGCACUUCAUUUCCUGCUAGUUUACCGGGUGGGUCAUGUGCUGGUGGAACAUGUACCGAUGCUUGUUUAGCAACAAGCCCUGGGCAAUCAUUUUCUCUUGAAGAUGAUCAAAUUGUCAAGACGGCAAUGGGGACUGCAGAAAGAGCAUUAUCAUCGAUGAAAAUGAAAAUUUCUGGUGAUUCUAAUAUAAGUGAAGAUAAAAAGGAUGAGAAGCGUGAAGGGGAAAUGGCUGAAAGUACUAGCUCAGAGACAGAUCUUACUGUUGUAUUUAAUGCAUGGUAUUCUGCAGUAGGAGUUGAGAACAAAACUUUUAAAUGUUCAAUUCCAUCUGGACAAGGCCAGCAAUAUAAUGAGCUCAUAGACACAUUUGAUUAUGCAUUGAGGUACAUCCAUUGA